AUGUUCUCCUUCAAACUUCUCACCGUCUCCUGGGGCGUCCUCGUCUUCUGCCGACUGAAGAAAUUCAUGCCUCGUUCGAGAGCCUUGUUUGAGAACUACGAUGAGGAUUUCAAACAGCUCUUGGCGAGUCUCAAGGGUAAGCUCGAGGGGGAUGUCAAGCAGUUGAAAGGGGAACAGCGUAAAGCUGCGUUGAAGAAGGUAUCAGAUGAGCUGGACGAGGCCGAAGAGAUUGUUGCGCAGAUGGAGGUCGAACUACCGUCCAUGCCUACCUCCAUCCGACAGACUUAUCAUCAACGUCUUCAAACUUCGAAACAAGCAUUGGAUAAAGUCAAAAAGGUCUUGCGUGACGUACGAAAUGAAGGUCAAAGAGCCGAACUUUUAUCAGGUCCAGGAUUUCCGAAUGCCGAUGACCCAUAUACAGACGACCCCGAUAGUUACUCCGCCCGCACACGUCUUUUAGCAGGUACCGAGCGAAUUGCCGAUGGUACGGAUAGACUCAAAAAUGCUCAGCGAAUAGCGAUGGAGACAGAAGAUGUCGGUGCGGAUAUCCUGAGAAAUUUAAGAGGCCAGAGGGAACAAAUUGAACAUACUCGAGAUACCAUUGACAAUCAGUUGACACAGGCUGACUCUUCCAUCGAUAGGGCGGCAGGAACAUUGAAGAAGAUGAUCUUCAAAAUGUAUCAGCAGAAAUUUCUCUCUGCAGCCAUCAUAGCCGUUUUGGUGAUUCUGAUCAUCCUUGUUCUCUGGUCAAAACUGCGCGGAUGA